AUGCCUACCUUCCGCAGCAUGGGAUCGCCCUUCCCCAGAUGUCGCAGCCAAUUCCUCUCUCCUCCCUCAAUCUCGCUCGUUCACCAUUUGUCAACCAUACCAACUCUUAUCGUGCCAACACCAGUCUUUUAUUUCAAGUCAUUGCAAGCCCGUUGUCAGAAUGAUGGUGCCUCUAGUGCUGUUUACCAUCUUGGUGUUUUUAUUUCCCUCGUCAAUACUGACCGUAAAUUGGCUCAUAAUAUCGAUGAAAACCGGGGUGACUUUGUAUGUCGAGAUGUCGCUACUUCCACGUCUAUAAUAGUCAGCCACGUUCACGAGACCUCUUUCAGAACCAUUACCAUUGAACCCAGCUUUCCUGGAGAGCAAUGGCCAACUACAGCUCCUACAACAUUUUUAUUACCAACCGAAACUUUCCCUCGCCCUCCUCACACUCCAACGCCCUUCUUGACUCCAACAAGUUGGCUCACAUCGGUGUCAGCUCCAAUAUCUAAUGUCUCAAUGCAUAGCAGUAUGUCCUCGAACGUGGCGACACCUGGAUCAUUACUCUCCACAAAGACAACCGAAAGUGAGUCGCUCACAGACACACGCGACACAUAUACGGUACCUGCUCCUACCCAUACCACCAAAUCAGCACCCAAUGUCGCGGUUGGAAAGAGCGGCCCUAGCGCUGCGUUUGGUGGGAUGGCGGUAGCGCUUUUGAGCCUUGUCAUUGAAAUAAAUAUAGCUUGA